UGCUGCACAGUUAUUUUUCCAAAGCUCUCGAGUGCGGUUCGAAUGCGGAAGCUUAUUGCAAACAAUAAUAAUAAUAACAAACGUAAUUUAAACAAUUAAUCAAAACGCGACGAUCGAUGAAUAUCUUGGUGUCGCUAUUGCAACUGCAGUAGAAAUACACACAACAACAAAAAUGUUUGUUUAAUUGCCUGCCAGGCGACAACGAAGUCAAGCCCAGCCAAGCCAAGCCAACAACAAGUGAAUUAUUGUACUUAAUUUUAACGUACAAAUGUCAGUGUUUGCGUGUGUGCGCGUAGUGUCAGUGUGUGCGUGAGCGGCUUUAUCAAUUGCUCCACAUAAAAAGUUUUUCAUUGAAGUGUUUUGACAGCAAAGAAUUCGAAUUCCAGCAACCUAUCAAGAAGAAGUAGGAGAAGAAGCAGCACAAACGAGAGGAAAACAGGGAGGCAGCUUAAAACGUAUUUUGCCCACAAUUUAUUUCCUGCCUUCACUUCACUUGCAGCAGCCAGCAGGCAAGCCAGUCAACAGAGCGAAAGAGAUAGCCGGAGAUCGCCAGAAAGAGAGGCCAAAUCGAAUCGGUUGACGACGGCGGAGGUUUGACAAUAUGUUGAGCCCCCAUAAUGAAGGAAAUUGAUACGGAGACAACAGUAGUAUGGCCAGCCUGGUGUUAUUCCGGUAACGCACCCACCGACAUACUGCAGCAGAAGCCAGCCAAGGCCACCACCGCCAUUGUGGGCGGUCGCAGUGCAGCCCAACCGGCGACCCACGAGGACCAGCAAGCGGCGACGACCGCUACGACAGCCAACAAGCGGAAGCAUCUCGAGCGGCUGGCCAGUGAUCUGCGUCAGCUGGGUCAGAAGGCCAGGAGGAGCCGCUCGGUUAGCCCCAGUAGAUUCCCCAACGCUGUUGCGGAAACGGCCAAAAUGCUAAGCGAACGAUCGCUGCUGCUCAGCGGUUAUGGGGCCAUCGAGAGCAGUGCCAAGAAGCUGAGUGAAGCGGCCACAGGUACUGGUGGUGCGGUUAGUCAGGCCGCCACGCCUACAACCACCCAUCUGGGUGCACCAGCCUCUUCCUCAUCCUCCUCGCUCUCAUCGUCCUCCGCCACAACGUGCACCACCAAUACCAAUGCAAAUUCGGCAUCGGUGGCUGCUGCGGCUUACGCCGCUCUGUUCCUGGAGAAGGUCAAGCAUGAGAAGAUGGAGAAUCAUAAGGAUGCUCCUAUGGUCACCAUACACAAUAACAACAACAACAACACUAUCAACAACAACAACAGCAACAGUAGCAGCAGCAUUAGCAACCAUCAAUCGAGUCAGCCACAAAACAACAACAACAACAACCCGCAUCUGGGCCACAACGUCAAAAGGGAGCGGCUCAGUCCAGGGAGCAACAGCAGCAGCCACAACGGCGAACUCACCGUCAGCUCAUUUGCCAGAUCUCGCAGCGCCACGCCCUCCUCGUCAUCAUUUCGCGGUUCCGGCGGCGGUGGUGUCUCCCCCAGUCAGCAGCAGCAACAACAACAGCAGCAGCAGCAACAACGCCUCAGUCCGCCCAGUGGCCCAUUAACGGCAGCAGCAACAACAGCAACAGGCGCAACACACAUGCCGCUGCACAAUUUGUCUACGAAUUUGCUAAAUAGCAUUCAGCAACAUCGCAGCAGCAACAGCAACAGCAGCAGCAGCAACACAGCCAAAACAGAGGGUGCUGCCACAACGAAUGCCACGGAUUUCUCCUCCCGCAACUAUUCGGACUUUAUGCGAUGCCUGGCAGCCAAGUACAACAACACAAAUCCCAAUGACAACAAUGCAACGCGACGCAAUUCCUACUUCGACGGCGGCAACAAUAGUGCUAGCACUUCAGCGACAGCGGCUAGUGCAGGAGGAGGAUCAGUAGGAGCAGCCACCUCUGCCCCAAGCACCGCCCUCAAGUCGGCCAGCAGCACCAGCAGCACCAGCAGCAGCAGCAGCAAUAACAACAACAACAACAACAGUUGCAACACAAUCAACACUGCCAAGAAGCUCUCACCAUCGGCCACAUCAGCUGCAAAUGCUGCUGCCAUCAGCAGUCUGCCCAAGGAGGCAAAAGUUAGUGUGGCCGGUGGUGGUGGUGGUGUGUCAGGUGUGGGUGUUGGUGGGGCAGCAGCAGCUUCUGGUUCGUCUAUGUCGCAGCUAGCCCCACCACCUGCUGCCCCAUCGCCUACGGAACAGGCCAAGAACCAAAUGGCCGCCGUGGUGGCAGCAGCGACUGUCUCGCCAUUUAUGAGCAACUUUCUGCCCUUCGUGCCCCCGUCUGGCAUUUUCCCGCCGCUGAUAGACAUGAGUAGCACCCAAGCGCUGCUGACGCUGGCGCGUGCUGUUAAAGAUGUUGAAAUCCAGGAAAUUCUGCGCAGCAAACAGCAGCGAUCCGGGUCGAAUGCCUCGUCGCCGAGUGCGAGUGCGGCGGGCACGCCACGUUCCAGUUCCACUCUGAAUGCCGCACUGCAUCAGGCUGCCCAAUUUGUUACACCCGCGCUGAUCUACUCGGCCCAGCUGCAACAGCAGCAGCAGCAACAUCAACGCCAGCAGCAGCAGCAACAGCAAUCGCAUCACGCUUCGCGGCAGUCUAGUCCACGUUCCACCAACGAUUCUUCGACAGUGGCGCCCAUCGGUGGCUCCUCAAUUGCGUCGGCGGCGCCAUUGGAUUUGAGCUCCCAGCCGCCGGCCUCCAAGCGUUUUAAGGCCGAGCGUCGUGCCAGCUCCACGGCUACAACGGCAACAACAGCGACCACAGGCUCAUCCACAUCCACACCAUCCCCGCCACCGUUGGAACAGCACGACGAUAUCAAUUCUGGUAACGCGGGUGCAGGAACAGGAGAAAAUUCGGGUUCGCCAACGGGAUCAGGAGCCGGAACAGGAGCUGCCAAGGCCAGAAGACGCUGUCAGGCGCAGAGCGAAGAGGUUAACUCCUGGUCGGUGGACGAUGUGUGCGGCUUCGUAGGCGGAAUUGAUAUAUGCGCCGAAUACGUUCAGUCAUUUCGUGAUCAGUCCAUCGAUGGCACUGGCCUGCCGCUCUUAACCGAAGAUCAUUUGGUUAACUCGCUGGGCAUGAAGCUGGGGCCGGCUCUCAAGCUGCGCUCCAUAUUGGCGAAGAAAUUGGGCGGGCCGUGCCCGUGUGUUGCAUGCGUUGCGCAGGCGCAACAAAUGCUGGCACUGCAAACGGGUGGGGCAGCACCAGCAGCAUCAGCAACACCAGCAGCAGCAGCAGCAGGAGCAGGAGCAACAUCAGGCACAACUAGUUGCAGCGUUAAGUCGGAGAUCUUUAAUGGCGGCAGUAACGGCAGCAGCAGCAGCAGCCACAGCAAUCAGGGCAGCGAUAUCGCAGCUCCGCCAGCAACAGCAAACUCGCCCAGCAGCAACAUGUUGCUGCCAGUGUUGCCGUGCAGCGCAAUGCACGACGCCAGUUAGUUAUCAGCGGUCCACAUACAUAUUUAUGCUAAAUAAAUUGCAUUUCAACUGCAAAAUUGCUGUACCAAAUGAGCUUUCAGAAAAAAAAAUAAGAAAAUACACAAACACAUGCAAGCAAAUCGGAGUGGAGAGAAUGCCCUAUUGUAUAAAUUAAACCAUAAAUAUGUAAUUUAAUGGCUAGCUAAAGUUGUAAACUUUAAGUGAAAACAACAAUAAUCGCAAAGUCUUCCAUUUGCACACACACACACACAGACACACAGAGACACACACAAAUCAUAUUUGUAUAACAUUAAUCAAUUUAUUAGUCAAUUUAAUGAGAGAGUUUUCGUUUACGUACUUAAGUGCAAAGCGCAUUUUGCAUUGAUUUUAUUUAUUUCUAUGACUUUUUCGUUUUUAACUGCUAGUCAGUAAAUAUAUAUUUAAUAGAAUUCCGCGAAAUGUGAAGCAAACUUAAAAAUAUAAUUUUAUUGUUUUGCAAAUCGAAGCAAAAGGCUAUUUAUUUUUAUAUAUCCUACGAUACGGCAGAAUUGUUAAAACCCCAAAUGCUUUGUUCAAAUUCUUAUUAAUUUAUGUUUACUUUUUCUGCGGCCAUGCACAGAGGAAUUCAAAAUUCAACUUUAAGAACUAUGCAUCCUUUUAAGAGCUCCAAGACUUGAAACACACACCAUACACACACACACAAAAUAUAUAAAAAGAAAACAAGAAACAAGCAAAUAGAAAACGUAUUUUAUAGCUCCAUUGUACAUAUUGUUUAUUUAAUUAGUUGUAAGUCAUUUAGAGAGACACAGAAACAUUUUCUAACAUCUAGGCCGUAUGCAAUGAACUUAAAGAAACAGAAGCAUAUUCCUACGAAAUAGGAAUGAAAAUGAACUUGAUUAAUUAUAUACAUUUAAUAAACUAUAGCUAUUUUUCACAAGCUGAAGCAAAUAAAUUAUACCAGUUAUCAUAUAAACAAA